AUGACGGGGAGAGAUGUCCACACCAGGCGCUUGUCGUCCAGAGCCCGUGAGGACCGACUUGACUACUCGACAACGCAACUACACCUCAACACCUCUACACCUCUACACAUCUACACAUCUAUUCGUCGUCCAGCACUGGAAGCACCCGGGUCUCGCACCCUCUCUCUUCCGGAGUUCUCUGUUCUGAUGCCUCGUUUUCAAGGAAUCCGAUCUUGUAUCGCGAUUUGCGAGCAGGAGAUCACCCGGGCAGGAAAGGAAGGCGCGGAUGCGAUGAUGACUUUCACCGAUGUUGACCAACGCACCUUCGAAACAUACUUCCUCCAUUCCGAGCAUGGGAUCUUGGGAUCUUGUAAAAGCUUCGAUUAUGACACGCACACGCUCCGGCUCCUGAUGAUUCCAUCCAUUGAGCACGCGUCCGCUGGAGGGAGAUUUGCGGAAUUGGUUGCCCGAUGGCCUCCACACCAUGAACGACAAGUACUUCGAGCGGGCGUCGAUGCUGGAUUUGAAAUCCCGCGAAAGGUGAAGAGCCCAGAUCAGUCCUGGUACCCAGUCCAACAAAAGUCGGGCCCCCCGAGUCUUGUUCUGGAGUGUGCCAAGACGGAAACACGCCAUCAAUUGAUGAUGGAUGUGUGUUUUUGGCUGGCUCAAGCCCGACAAGGAGAUCUGCAAGUCGAGGUGGUGAUCACGAUUUUCAUCAGACCGUCGAGAAUUCUGAUUGAGAAAUGGAAAUCCGAUCCACGGAAUGGGUAUCGCAGCGCCGGGGAAAUGACGGUCACGAGCGACCCAACGCCCACAAUGGAGUCCCUGCAAGUCACUGGGGCGCUGUUCACCAUCACCUUCGAAGAGCUUACCAGGCAGUCAAAACAGACUGAUGUCGACUGCUCUGACUUGACGAUAACUGCAGAGAAAGCACGUUCGCUGGCUCUCAGUGUCUGGAAUUUAAAUCCGUCCCAAAGCCAUUGA